UUAUGUGUAUAUAUACAUAUAUAUUUGAUUUUUCUAGACAUUAUUCUUAUUUAGUGAUGCUAUAGCCGUGAAGAUAUAUUACGGUGCAAAUUAUUAUUCAGUAUUAAUUUUAACAUGGCAAAGAUAUUUAGUUUUGUUCUGCUCGUAGCAGUUUUAGCUUAUUGCAAAGGCGACUCUAUCAAUAAAGUGUCAAGAGUAGCGAAUAUUAAUAGAUAUUUCUUAUAUACACGUAACAAUAAAGUAGUCCCAAUAGAAUUAGAGAGGUUAGUACCAGAUAACAACAUUGUAUUGAAUCGGACCACCGUCUUCCUAGUGCAUGGCCAUGGAGGCACCGCCACUACGACAUUAAAUUCCCUUGUCAAAAAUGAAUUAUUGGAAAUAACUGAAGACGUGAACGUGAUCGUAGUAGACUGGUCAGAGUACGCAAGUUUGUCGUAUUCAAAUGCCGAUCGCCAUCUUUUAAAUGUUGCUACAUAUUUUGUUGACUUCCUUGUCAUACAAGGUUUUAACUCUAGACCCGAAACAAUUCACUUGGUUGGUUUUGAUCUUGGUGCACACAUUGUUGGUUUAACUGGAAGACGGUUUCCCAAUAUUGCAAGAAUUACAGCUUUGGAUCCUUCGAAGAGCUCAUACAGGUUGCAAAAAACAGACGCUAUCUACGUUGAAGUAAUCCAUACUGAUGGAAAUGGCCUUUUUUCUAACGGUCUUGGUACACAGCUAGGAGAUUUAGACUUCUUUCCUAAUGGUGGUAACAGUCAACCUGGAUGCCUUUCGAACUCAUGCGACCACAAUCGCGCAUGGCAGUUCUUUGCAGCAUCACAACGUCUAAACACAUUUCUCGCUCAUUGCUGUAACUCAAUGACCCAAAUGAAAUAUAACAGCUGUAGAGGAGGCGGCUUUAUUCAAAUGGGAGGAAACACACUUCUUCCAAAAACUGGUUGCGAUAGUGGAAUUCUCCGUGUCAACACUGGCCGCACUUACCCUUAUUAAUAUCUUAAUGCUGGUGAUUGUCAGUACUUAGAAUGAAGAGUAGAAUUAUUCUCAUUUACAAAGAUGAUCCUUAUUAAUAAUUUGAAUAAAUGUGAUUCAAAAAUAUA